CCUCCCCCGGUUUCCCCCUCCAUCAACCCUGAGCUUGACAACAGCUCGACCUUCUUGUCAUCAAAACAACAAAGCUACCAUUGAGCACCAUCUUAUCUUUAACUUUUAAUAAUUACCUACUCACUGAUUCUCUUCACGUGCUCGACCCAAAGUUCGAAGACACCUCGGGCUUGGAUCAAUACAACAUAAGGUGCCAAUCCGCUAAAGCCCCAUAAGUCAUUGGGAGGCUCAGGAGUUCGGGACCAGGAGAGGACUUGUGAAAGCGCAGGACGUGACGCCUAGUAACUCAAAAUUGGAAGCUAAAAUCACACGGUUGACUCGCCCAGGAUGGAUCUGAUACAGGCAGCAUCCGGCUAUGUGACCAAGAUGGUGACGGUCGGUGAAAACGCCGGGACUGCCGCUACGCCAUCAGCCAAGAUGAAGAUGCUCUUGCUGGACAAAGACACCGUUCCCUGUAUCUCAGCUGCCGUCACUGUAUCAACCCUUCUCAACCAUGAAGUCUACCUUACCGAUCGGUUGGACAAUGCUAAACGGGAGAAGAUGAGACACAUGCGCUGUCUCUGCUUCGUCAGGCCACAUCCCGACACCAUCGGCCUGUUGAUCGAUGAGCUACGAGACCCCAAAUACGGAGAAUAUCAUCUUUACUUCAGCAACAUUGUCAAAAAGUCGGCGCUUGAACGGCUAGCAGAAGCCGACGAUCACGAGGUUGUUAAGGUAGUGCAGGAAUACUUUAUGGAUUAUGUUGUUAUCAACACCGACCUGUUCUCACUCAACAUGUCCCUACCCAUGAAUCGGAUAUGGAGCGGCAAUCCCGAUACCUGGAAUACCGAUUCCUUGCAACGGUGUACCGAAGGGGUUAUUUCGGUUUUGUUAUCUCUCAAGAAGAAACCUUUGAUCAGGUACCAGAAGAGCAGCCCUCUGGCUAAGAAGCUCGCAUCCGAAGUUCGAUACUGCAUGACCCAGGAGGACCAGCUAUUCGACUUUCGCAAGGUCGACACACCACCCAUUCUCUUGAUACUGGACAGGCGAGAGGACCCCAUCACACCGCUUCUCACACAAUGGACAUACCAGGCCAUGGUACAUCACCUGCUUGGCAUUCACAAUGGGCGAGUCGAUCUCAGUGAUGUCCCCGAAAUCCGUGCCGAGCUGAAGGAGAUUGUCCUCUCACAGGAUCAAGAUCCUUUCUUCCAAAAGAACAUGUACCUCAACUUCGGUGACCUAGGUGGCAACAUCAAGGAAUACGUGUCGCAGUACCAGUCCAAGACCCAGAACAACGCCAACAUCGAGUCCAUCUCCGACAUGAAGCGGUUCAUCGAAGAGUACCCCGAGUUCAGGAAGCUCUCCGGAAAUGUCAGCAAACACGUAACCUUGGUCUCCGAGCUUAGCAGAAGAGUCGGCGCGCAGAGCCUACUCGAAGUUAGCGAGGUUGAGCAGAGCUUAGCUUGCAACGAUAACCAUGCUGCCGAUCUCAAGAACAUCCAGAGAUUAAUCCAAUCCCCCACCGUAACCCCGGACAACAAAGUAAUCCUCGUCGCCCUCUACGCCCUCCGCUACUCCAAAUCACCCUCGAGUCAACUGCCCAUGCUCGUUGACCUCCUCUCUGCCGCCGGCGGCGUUCCCACCCGUCGCACCGACCGCGUCGCCAAGCUUCUGGCUUACCACUCCUCCCUGCACGCCACCACUGGUGGCUCCGGCAGUGGCGUAGGUGGUAUCGCGGACAUUUUCGAGUCCACGGGUAUAUUUGGCGGCGCCGGCAACCGGUUCAAGGUACUCAAGGGUGUUGAGAACGUGUACACGCAGCAUUCGCCCCUACUGGAGACAACGCUGCAGAACCUGGUCAAGGGCAAGCUGAGGGAGCAGCAGUAUCCGUUUGUGGACGGCGGGGGUUCGACGAGGGAUAAGCCCCAGGAUAUCAUCGUGUUCAUCAUUGGGGGAGCGACCUACGAGGAGGCAAAGAUGGUGGCGGAGAUCAAUGCGAGUGUGCCGGGGGUUAGGGUGGUGUUGGGCGGUACGACGGUGCAUAAUGCGCAGAGUUUCCUGGAGGAGGUGGAGGAUGCUGUUGGGGGGUGGCCGGAACAGGUGGCGCAGGGGAGGAGGUAGGACACAGGGUGAGGAGAAACAAACAAAAGGAAAGGCGGUAAUUUGCGGAAGGGGAGCGAGGCAGGAUCUUAUCAUUAUGACCUCGGUGGGAUACUUGGUGCUGGAAAAGAACUCUAGAUACAGGCACCUUUAAACGUGCUUCGAUGACUUACUUGCCUCUAUUCCUCUAGCCACCCAUCCAUUUGUACGUCAUCAUCACCCAUCGCCACUUUAUAUCCAAGCAGACAGCCCUUUUCUUCCUCAUCCCUCAACUUAGACAAGAGUAACACUAUCCAUACACCCAUAACCCGCUGCCACGCCUCCCUCCUCACUCUUGUCCCCCUUCGUCCUCAACAAAUACCCG